UUCCCAUCCCAUUCCCGUCAGUCAGAACGAGCUGCUGAUCGUCAGCUGAUGGCGCAGCUGUGUGUUACAGCAUCUGAUUCACUGUUGUUUUGUUCCUUAUUAUUUGUCAGAUUGUACAAAGUUUAUUAAUUUGAUUUAAUAUAUAUUUUUACACCGUCUAUUUUGGAAAAUAUAACCACCGUAAAACGAGAAUAGACGUGAUAAAUUUAUAUAUUUGGACUUGAGUAUAAUUCUAAAUUUGUUGUUUUGUAAGCUUCUAUUGUUUGAAAAUGGAAAUGGCUGACACAGAAGCUAGCUCUAGUACGACCGAGACAGUGACAGAAACCGUGACAGAUGUCGAAAAGUCAGAGGAAUUUUCAGAGCCUGAAGCUAAGAAGAGAAAAUUAUCCAACCAACAAGAUGCUAAACCAGACAAAUUAGAGUUGAGAUUGGGAGGCAUUCUUUGCUGUGCUGUGUGUUUGGAUCUUCCCAAAGCUGCCAUAUAUCAGUGUACCAACGGUCAUCUGAUGUGUGCUGGCUGUUUCACGCACGUACUGGCUGAUGCACGCCUGCGUGACGAGUUGGCAACAUGCCCCAACUGUCGUAUAGAAAUCAGCAAGAGCACAGCAUCGCGCAACCUAGCCGUUGAGAAGGCAGUGAGCGAGUUACCAGCCGAGUGUCAGUAUUGCAACAAAGAGUUCCCUCGCAACACUCUGGAACGGCAUGAGGAGUCUCUCUGUGAAGAGAGGAUCACAAACUGCCCAUACAGUCGUAUUGGGUGUCCGUGGCGGGGCCCCCACCAUGAGGUCCAGGAGCAUGAGUUAGCCUGCGCUCACCCCCACCGCUCAGGGGCGGAGGUCAUGGAGGCGCUACAAGUGAUAGACCAGCGGAACGAGGAGGAGAAGCGUCUCUACGACUGCAUCUUCGACCUACUAUCCUAUGAGAAGAUUACUUUCAAUGAUCUGCAGAUGAAACCGUACAGGACGGAUGAGUUCGUACACAAACUUUUCUAUGAGACCAGUCGAUUUUCUGCGUUCAACAACCAGUGGGUCGUGAAGGCCCGCAUCAACAACAGCCAGCGCGAUCCCACGCUCAGCUCUGAGAGAGAUAUGACCUAUCAGCUGAUCUUAAAGACCAAGACCACUCUUCCACUGAGCGUCCACUACCUGGCGCUGCGGGGACCUUUCGGUGACAUGAAGGUUAACCCAAAGAUCCAUAAGUUUGACUUCACAGAUGCGGACAAUGAAAGUCCUUAUGUUGCCUUGCCUUUGCCUGAUACUGCCGAGUGCAAUCGUCUCCUCGCUGCAAAGGCAAUAAAUUUCAGGCUGAUAAUGUUUCUCAUCACAAAAUAAGAAGUCAGGAAGAGCCCCUCUGUUUUCAUCUCACCUUUAUCGUUUGAUCUGUAAAUCUGAACGUCCAACUUAGCCAACAAGAUUCUAUAGUCAACUGAAGGUAGCUCCGCCGCUUCGCUCAACACCUCCCUAUCAUCGGUCCUCAGGCGGUGAAGUCUUGCAUUGUAACGUUACAUCAGGGUUUGUAUUUUGGUUUACUUUUGGGAAGAUAUUAAAUCGAAGAUACUCUUCUUUUGAUGUUUUUUAUUUUUCGGAAUCUGCGCAGCUUCGGCGUACUGGCAACUGUCCAGUUUUAGUUGUAAGGUAAAUAAGAUUCUAUUAUACAUCUUGUUGAAAAUCACAUUAAUAUAAUUUUAUUUGAAUAUAGUAUUUGCCAAAUCUUUGAUUUUUACUAUUUAUAUAGUCAUAGUAUAUUUGUUGUGUCAUAAUUUAAGUUAGUUUAUUAAUAAAAAAUUAUUAUAUUUA